CGCUCGCAGCGCAAGGUAGUCGCCGCAACGUUGCUCGAUUCAAACCAAAACCUUUAUGUGUGAGGGAAGAAAAAAAAUUGAAUAGCAAAGGUUUCAUUCUACAGCCCCUGCGCCCCACCAUUGUGCAUUCUGUUCUGGGCAUAAGAACAGAACAACAACAACAACAAAUAUCGUGCGUGUUAUUCUCUCUUUUUAACCGAUUCCUUUGAAUGUAGAAUUUACCUGUAAAAGUGAAAACGUAAACCGAACGACGCAAGCAAAACAAAACUCGUGUGUGCAAGCAGCAGCAAAAGCAAAAAAAAAAAAACGUAAUCAAAAGAAUAAAAUAAAAAACAAGACGCCACUCAGCGCAAGAGUGCGAAAGAGCAAGAGAGAACGAGUGUGAACAGCAUAAGAACAUAACGAAAACUGCAGCAAACACGAAAAAAAGGAAGAGCCAAGUGGACUAAGAAGUAGACGACGAGAACGCAACGAAAAUAACGAAAACAACACAGCACCAACAACAAUAACAACAACAACUGACACAGCCACCAUCAGACUCUUCAUUAAGUUCAGCACUAUGCUAUCGCAGUAUUUGUUCUAAAUCGUUCAUUAUAAUGAAUUCCGCGCGGCAUCAUCGUAUUGGAGUGUUUCUGUCUCCAUAGGCCACAAUAACAAAGCGAGAAGAAAUCACAAAUUAGCAAGCCACAAACCACAAUCAAGUUGAUCUAGUCACUCAAAAUAUAUAACUAAAUAUAUAAUAAAAUACCUGUUAAUCAAUUGCGCACAAAUCAAUCAAAUUUGCCAAGUCUUGCAUAGCAAAGCUAAAGAAGAAAAAACAUUACAUUAAGGAUUAAACGGAGCAUAGAUAUUGCUCCAACAGACAUUAAGCGGAGACCACGGAUUUUAAGCAGAGAGUAAAACUGGCGAAGAAGAUGCCGUAUCAUCGGGCGGACACAUCGGCUCAGGCCGAUAAAUUGAGCGGCAUUGUGGAGGAGAGCGAUCUGUAUGAGGGAUUUGCUCCGCAUGUGGAAACAUCGGAGAUCAAGACACUCGAUUUCUACAAUCUGCCAAAGCAAACUGGCAAAGAGCCAGCGCUGCGCUCAUUCACUGAAAUCCAACAGCUGCUGCAGCAGGGCAAAAAACACAUUGUUAAGAACAUACUCAGAGAGAAUUCGUGGCCAAUUAAUUCACCGAUUCGCUCACAAUUGUGGCCACAGCUCUGUGCCCAACACUUGACCAAAAGCAAUGUGCUCGAUGGCUUCUACUGGGAGAUGGUGCAUCAGGUCUUUGGCACCACGGAGCUGUCGGAGAAGCCGAUCAUGUUGCCCGCAUUUGUGGAUGCCACACAUUGUUUGCCGUACCAUUUGACGGGCACGGGACGCUCGGUUGCCGAUCGCAUUGUGAAUGUGCUGGGCUACGAUUGCCCCGACAUUACCUACAGUCCAGUAUUGUAUCCAAUUACAUCAUUACUUUUGCAUUUCAUGUCGGAGGAGGAAGCUUAUCUGUGUCUGGCCGGACUCGUGGGCAGCAAGGAGAAGACAUUCAUCAAUCAAACCAAACUGCAGCAUGAGGUCACCUGGAAGACAGUGAUGCAAAUAGCCAAAAAGCAUGCAAAAAGCGCCGUUGCGUAUUUCCAACGCAUCUGUCCGGGCCAGAAACUGGAACGGGUUUUCAUGGAUUGGUGCUGGUGGAUAUUGGCUGGGUUGCCAUUUCAGCAUUUGGUGCGAAUCAUGGAUUGCUAUUUUCACGAGGGCAUCAAGGUGCUAUAUCGUGUCGCGCUGGUCAUACUCAAUCUCUUCCACAAGGAAUGCCAGUCGAACAACGAAUGGAGUCCGGAUAAUAUUAAAAACGACAUUGGCAAUGCGCUCAUCAAGUUCUGCAAAAAGAUACCAGUAUCGCCGGCGAAGCUGCUCCAUGCCGCUUUUAGUAUUAGGGGACUCAGUACCCAGUAUAUUUCUAGAAUAUUUAUCAAGACUGAAAUGCUACUAAAAAGCCGAUCCGUGCUUAAUAGCGGUUCGAAGCAAUUAAUCAAAUCGCGUUCAAGUGAUAAUCUGCCCACUAGUCAGUCGCAGGUCAACAUCCAAAUGAUGUCACACACAUUGACCAUACGUGAGAAGCUGCACUCCGAGAGCUGUCGCAAUUUGGGCGAAAAGUCGCCCGGUCAUAGAGCAAUCGCCAUGGGCGUCUAUCCCAUACACAAUCUCAAAAGUCAAGUCUGUAAGAACGAAGAUCUAUUCACGCUGUGGUCAUGGCUCCCCGUUCGUAUCACCAUGUACCAGCCGGUGCUGCUCUACACCACCGAGGAGCACGGCUGCUCCCUGACGACCUUCUACGUGCGCGUCGAGCAGCACGAACCCACACUGCUCAUGAUCAAAACGUGCAAUAAUGAAGUAUUUGGCGCCUAUUGCUCUUCACGUUGGUUCGAGCGCAAUGUCAAGGAUGACAAGGGCCAGAGACAGGCCUACUUUGGCACCGGCGAAACCUUUUUAUUCUCCCUCUAUCCCGAGCGUGCCAAAUACCCCUGGGUGGGUAUUGAGGGCGAUCGCGAUCUGGGACACAGCUCCGAACUCUUUAUGGCAGCUGACUCCAAAAUGAUAACAAUUGGCGGCGGUGAGGGCCAAGCUAUUUGGAUGGACGAGAACAUACGCUUCGGCAAGACGGACAGCUGCAAAACAUUCAACAAUCCGCCGCUGUGUCCGUCGGGUGACUUUGAGAUACGCGUACUGGAGGUUUACGGCUUUGUGGGCAUCUAAGUUCGUGCGAGCCCAACACAAACAACUCAAAUUGAAACCAAAUUGCCCGCCGAUGUUCAAAAGUGCUCAGCAACCCGCUCUUCUCUCACAAUCCUCCCCGCACCCGCACCCACAUCCACACACACACCUUAAACUAAAUACACACACAUUUAACCAGAAUGCGGAACGCGUGUAUUUCCGGCCAUAACGGAAACAGUAGUAGCAGAAGCAGAAG